GCGCCGGGGCCACAGUGUGGGGUGUGUUUGAGCAAGAGACACAGAAAAGUUAGCAGCGGAUUUUUUGGGCGUCUGACCUGCAGCAGCAUCCGUCGAAAGCAUCAUGGCAAACAAAGCACAGCAGCCUCCUCACCUGCACUUGGCCGAGGUCACCGCGUCCCAGUUCCUCGACAUUUGGAAACAUUUCGACGCUGAUGGUAAUGGCUACAUUGAGGGAAAGGAACUGGAGAACUUCUUCAGGGAGCUGGAGAUGGCCCGGAGAGGAGCAGGGGUGGACCCUUCAAACCCCAUAUUCAGAGAAAAGAUGAAGGAGUUCAUGCAGAAGUUUGACAAGAACAAAGAUGGACGAAUUGAGAUGUCAGAGCUGGCCCAGAUUCUUCCAACUGAAGAGAACUUCUUGCUCUGCUUCAGAGAGUUUGUCAGCUCCAGUGCUGAGUUUAUGGCGGCAUGGCGGCGAUAUGAUACAGAUCGCAGUGGCUACAUUGAAGCAAACGAACUGAAGGGCUUUCUGUCAGACCUGCUGAAGAAGGCUAACAGACACUACGAUGACCAGAAGCUCCAGGAGUACACACAGACCAUACUCAGGAUGUUUGAUCUGAAUGGAGAUGGGAAGUUGGGCCUGUCAGAGAUGGCAAGGCUUCUCCCUGUUCAGGAGAAUUUCUUACUCAAAUUCCAGGGUGUCAAGUUGACCACUGAGCAGUUCAAUGCCAUUUUUGCAUUCUAUGACAAGGAUGGGAAUGGCUACAUUGAUGAGCAGGAGUUGGAUGCCCUGCUACGAGACCUUUACCAGACAAACAAGAAGGAUGUGGACGUGAAGAACCUGACGGGCUACAAGCAGAGCAUCAUGACCCUGUCUGACGGAGGGAAGCUCUACCGUGGCGAGCUGGAAAUUGUCCUCUGCAAGGAGCCAAAUGUGUGACUCGUCCUCCUCUCUUGUUGUGUAUCCUCAUUUUUUCUGCCUGCCCUACCCUGCACUCCUGAGACCACACCCACAUCCAGCUGCCUGGCCAAAUAGACCAGGUGCAUGUGCCAGACACUCCCUACAUCAUUUCCCCAAC